AUGGAGUUGGAAAGGACGCCGAGAGCAGAGCAGCACGCAGAAGUCAUGUUCAUGAGGGACAUUCCUCGGCUCAGAAGUCAGGCUCUCUUGGAGUUCGUGUGGAAUUUGCUGUGUGAUUUAGGGGCCGGUUUAAUGAACCUGGCCCCGGACACGGGGCUUUUAAAGAACGAGGGUCUGCCGAGCCAGCACUGGUCCCAGUUCGCGCUGAAGUUCCUGGACCCCUCCUUCGUGCCCAUCACCAACUCCCUGAGCCAGGAGCUGCAGGAGAAGCCCUCCAGGUGGGCCUUCAACCGGAGCGCCUUCGCCCAGCAGAGGCAGGAAAUCCUUCAGCACGUCGACGUCAUCAAGAACUUCUCCCUGACCAAGAGCAGCGUCCGCAUCGGGCAGCUGAUGCACUACGACUAUUCCAGCCACAAGUACGUCUUCUCCAUCAGCAAUAACUUCAGGUCCCUGCUUCCCGACGUGUCUCCCAUCCUGAACAAGCACUACAACAUCUGUGCCGUGGUGGGGAACAGCGGGAUCCUGACCGGGAGCCAGUGCGGGCAGGAGAUCGAUAAAUCGGAUUUCGUCUUUCGCUGCAACUUCGCCCCGACCGAGGCUUUCCAAAAAGACGUGGGGAGGAAGACCAACCUCACCACCUUCAACCCCAGCAUCCUGGAGAAGUAUUACAACAACCUCCUGACCAUUCAGGACCGCAACAACUUCUUCUUGAGCUUGAAAAAGCUCGACGGGGCCAUCCUUUGGAUCCCCGCCUUCUUCUUCCACACGUCGGCGACGGUCACGAGAACGCUGGUCGACUUCUUCGUGGAGCACAGAGGGCAGCUGAAGGUCCAGCUGGCUUGGCCAGGGAAUAUCAUGCAGCACGUGAACAGGUACUGGCGGAACAAGCACCUGUCCCCCAAGCGGCUGAGCACGGGGAUCCUCAUGUACACCCUGGCCUCUGCCAUCUGCGAGGAGAUCCACCUGUACGGCUUCUGGCCCUUCGGCUUCGACCCCAACACGCGGGAGGACCUCCCGUACCACUACUACGACAAGAAGGGGACCAAGUUCACCACCAAGUGGCAGGAGUCCCACCAGCUGCCCGCCGAGUUCCAGCUGCUCUACAGGAUGCACGGCGAAGGACUGGCCAAGCUCACCCUGUCGCACUGUGCCUAAGGACCUACAGCUCCAAGUGCCAAAUGAUCGCCUGAAAAAGUGCCCAAA